AUGACGUCCGCAGACACCGACCAUGAACCGAUACAAGUCCUCAUUGUAGGCGCCGGUAUUGGCGGCCUCACCCUAGCCAACAUCUGCAAGCACCUCGGCCUCCAGUACCUGGUCCUCGAACGUAGUGCCGCAGUGACUCCUGUAGGGGCGGGGAUCUCACUAGCACCCAACUGCCUACGUGUGCUGGAUCAACUCGGAUUCCUCCCAGAGAUCGAGCGAGAGGGCCAGCGACUGCGUAAGAUCCGUAUCUUCCGCAACACCACGCAGUGGAACAUGCUGGAUUUCGAAUCCACGGAGAAGACCUUCGGUUACCCCGUGUACAAGAUCGAGCGACACGCCUUUCAUUCCGCACUGUAUCGUGCCGCCGGUGAAGAGCAUGUUCUGCUUGGUGCCCAAGUGGUAGAUGUCGUGGAUAAUGUAGAAAAGAAGGUUGUGACAGUCACGUUGGAAGACGGACGAGAAUUCUCCGGGCAGAUUGUCGUCGGAGCGGAUGGCAUUCGAUCGGCGACACGCAAAGCAUUAGCGAAGAGAGGAGGCGAGACAAUAAUCAAUAGCACAAUUCGAUUUACCGGCAGAACCCACAUGAGUGGAUACACGGCCCCAUUGGAGCACUUGAGUGCGGAGGAGGAGGGUGUCGGGACGUGGAUGCUGUACGAUGACAGCAUCUUCACCACCUGGCCGUGCAAGGACAAGAGGCAGUGGUUCAUCGGCGUCCAGCGAGCGGAUCUAAAGGCCGAGGACCGCUCAGUUUGGAAAAGCGUCAAUAAGGACAUGAUCAAUGGAGUGUAUGGUGGCCAUUAUCAUCCGUUUGGAAAGACAGGCCUGGUGAAAGACGUCGUCGGCCGUUCCGAACGAGUCACGGCCAGUGAUGUUUUCGAGGAGACAUCAUUUCCAGCGAUGGCGGCAGGACGAGUGGCCCUCAUUGGAGACGCCGCGCACGCAAUGACCUCCUUCUUUGGCCAGGGCGCCUGCCAGGCAAUCGAGGACGCCACCGAGCUGGGAAAUACCCUUCAUGAGUAUUUUCAGGACGAAAACAUGGCCGACCUCUCAAAGUUGCUAGACAAAUACCGUCAGCAACGUGAAGGUCGCGCUAAAGAUCUGGUUCAUUUCUCCAACAUUUUCGCGCUCUUCCACAUGGGAAAGAUCCUACCCAUUUUCGGUCCUCUUCUGCGCCGCAUCGCAUAUACGUAUGCUCCAGCGUGGUGCUGGUCGUGGUCUUUGCGGUGGUUGUAUGGUUAUCAGCCAUGCGUAGAUGCGUUGGACCGGGGCAUGUCUUGA